AUGGUAGAGGCUGUGGUCGUGCCAGCUAAGACUGGUGGACCUGCUAGAGUGUACGUGAUUCGUGAGCCUCAGGAUCGUGUUCCGACGGACGUUAUCAUAGGUACUUUUCUACUGGAGUCUUUUCUUUUGCUUGCCUUGAUAGAUUCUAGUUCUUCACACUCUUAUAUCCUUGGAAGUUUGGCUAAUCGGUUGAGUGUUCCUGUUUGUGUUAAGAGUGUGGGUUUGGUUGUAACUGGAGCUUUAGGCGAGAGAGCAUUUGUGGAUUGUGUUAACCAUAUGUGUCAUUUGGUUGUUCAAGGCGAGGUUUUUCCGGUCGAUUUGAUGGAGUUAUCGUUCCAUGGUUUUGACGUCAUUCUGGGUACAGAUUGGUUACGCGAUCAUCACAUACACUUGGAUUUUGAGUUAUCCAGGUAA